UGCGCACCUGGCCCGCGAGCUUGUGCGUGACAGUCAGCGUGCGCGUGAGCUCCGUGUCCCGCAGGAACGUGUCCACUGAGAAGUGCUUUUGCAGCAGACAAAUUGGGAUUAAAACAAACGCACACAGAGACCAGUGAGAUAAAACGCAGAGUUCUGCGGACUUGGCUGUGUUUCAUUCAGCGCAGAAACGGACCUUUUUUGUUUGUUUUUACCUGUUUUAUUUAAAACUUCCGUUUUCAGGCGUUCUGAUCUGACUGUAAUCACCGGCUUCUUGUCUCCGCUGUGGAAUGUUAAAACCCCGAAGAAGUCGGUGACAGCCGAACCCGAGCGGUGCGGAUCCAUCUGAUCUCCCCCAACCACCUUUUCCCGCUCCUCUCCUUUACCAUCGGUAUAUUUUGUGCAUGGAAUUUCUUAUGUAAUUUAUAAAGUAGAGACUGAGUUAUCGUACGAAAAUAUUCCUGUUCGUCUUCAUUGUUAUUCCGGUCUGGAUCUGUUUGGAGAAGGCGUGCUGGCGUCCUGCGUUUAAGCCUAUGCGCGCGUCAUUUUUCCACUCGUGUCUUCAAAAUUGAUCAUUUUUGGGGGUAAAUUCAUCGGGUCUCUGCAGAGUGCUCGGAGCAUCUCCCGUGCCUCUUACAUUAAACCAGUAAUACAACUUUGUUCCCAUCUGUGGAGGAAAGCGCUCUGGAGAGGACGUGGACUGGACUCUGGGAAGAUUCUAACUGAGCUGUAACAUAUUUAAAAAAAAAAAAUAUAUAUAUAUAUAGACGGAGCGAGAGAGACAGUUUUUUUAAAGACCUCGACAGCGCAUCACACGCGCACUGUCACGCGCUCAGAUACACAUCUGACUUUUGCGCAUCAUCCAAGUUGGAGACCCGCACCAGCUCACGCCCGCAGGGGAGCUUUGUUUCUCCGCUACAGAUCAAAACUACAGGGACGACUGGGAUUUUAACGCGCUGCCGUUGGGAUUUCUUCUACCAUGUCAGGGGUGCGGGAUUUCAGAUGGACUCCCAUCAUCUGCGUGGUGGUGCUUUCCUGUGCUCUUGCAGGUAAAAUCUCUCCAACCAGCUCAGAUGUCCUGUUCAGCGCCUCAGCAAUGACAGCCAGCCCUCCACCACCCAGUGUGUAUCUGCCUGCCAGCUUCAAAAUGUCCAAUGCACAACUGGCUUUCUUCUUGCGGGAGGCCCAGAUCACAGGACCAACGGUUGGCGGCAGCAGUAGGAGCAGCAGUAGGAGCAGCAGCAGCUCUGGACAUCCGCUGCAGCGCUCUGAGAGUUUUGUGGUUUUCCAAACAAAAGACCUCCCUGCCAUCAACAUAAGCUUUGGGCCUUUUGCCCAGGACCAGGCUUUAUCCAAGGAGCUGCUCCAGCCAGCAAGUCCUCUGGAUAUCCCAGGCCAGCUGACGGUCGGCUGGAAGGUGCGGGCCUUUAUUGUCCAAGCGAGGGUUUUCUCCAACAACCCCAUCGUCCAGGUGUUCUUCUACAUUGCAGGUCGCGACUGGGAUGACUUCAAGGCUCAGGACAACCUUCCAUGCAUCCGACUCCACGCUUUCCGUGAUGUCCGGGAAAUCAAGACAUCCUGCCGCAUGAGGAGCAACCUGGCCCAGUGCUUGGCCCAGCUGGAGCUGCCUCCAUCCUGGUUUAACACCAACGUGGCCCCGCUGGGUCGAAGGAAAAGUUCCGGUGAUGGGCUCCUGGAUGGAUUAACCAGUGAGACCCUGCAGGCUGAGCUCUACUACACACUGCAUGAGCCUAAUCUGGACGGGGAGUGCAGUGAGGGUCACAGAGGAGGCAGCGGGGCCAGAGGAGAACCUCUGUCACAGCACCCUCUGCUGCGCAUCGGAAGUAUCAGCCUCUAUCAGGCCAGUCAGGAGCAGCUGCUGGUGGACAAGCAGUUGGACAAAAACAUGUUCCUCAGGCUGCCAGAGAAACCACUUAAACCUGGAGAAACACUGAAGAUCCUCCUGUUCCUGAUGCCCAACUCCACUGUGGAACAAUUUACUCUCAAGGUCAAAGCAAAGAAAGGGGUGAACCUGCUGCAGACCAAGUCGAAGAACGCUCAGUGGAAGGUAGACUGGGAGGUGCAGUCCGGUGCCAAACAUUCCAUCACCACCAUCGACGUGAGCAAGUACAAAGCAGUAAAGCAGGGCGACGUGUUGGGGAACGUGGAAGUUAUGCAGUUGGAUUUUGAGAUGGAGAACUUCACCAGCCUCUCCGUGACCAGAAGGAUCAACUGGAACAUUGACUACAAGGGACAGAACCCGGCGCCCGACUCAGAGAAGGUCGUGACGGAGCUCACGGUGGUGCAGCGGGACAUUCAAGCAAUCAUCCCUCUGGCAAUGGACACGGAAAUCAUCAACACGGCCAUUCUGACAGGACGUACCGUGGCCAUUCCCGUCAAAAUGGUCUCCAUAGAGAUGAACGGGGCAAUCACAGACAUCUCAGCCUUUGUGCAGUGCAAGUCGUCUAAUGAAGACAUUGUAAAGGUCUCCAUGAAUUGUGACUACGUGUUCGUCAACGGCAAGGAGACCCGGGGCUCGAUGAACGCCAGGGUAAUCUUCAGCUACGAGCACCUGAGCGCACCACUGGAGCUCACCGUCUGGGUGCCCAAGCUUCCCCUGCAUGUGGAGCUCACCGACAGCACUCUGAGUUUCAUCAAAGGCUGGAGGGUUCCCAUUCUGCCUGACAGAAGGAGCACCAGGGACAGCGAUGCUGACGACGAAGAUGACGACCGGCGAAUGAAUCGCGGCUGCGCCCUCCAGUACCAGCGGGCCAUGGUCAAAGUGCUGACCCAGUUCCACACCACAUCCACAGAGGGCACGGAUCAGGUCAUCACCAUGCUGGGACCUGACUGGCAGGUGGACGUCACAGACCUUGUACAAGACUCCCUAAAGGUGCUCGACCCAAAGAUCGCGGAGCUGGUGGACAGGACAAUCCUUGUGGGCCUAGAGUUGGGAUCCAGCGUACUGAAGGUGGAGUCUCCACUGGCCGUGGACGCGGUGCUGGGGGAGGCGUCGUUCUCCGUCACAGAUGACAAGGUUUCCAUCACAGAGCUGCGAGUUCACGCCGUGUCGGGCCUGACCCUGUCCCUGCAGCCCAGCCCCGGCAACAGCCACACCAUGGUGGCCAAGGCGUCCGGCGCCCAGACCCUCACCAGUCUCAAACAGGAGGCCAGUUUGUCUGUCUGGAUGCUUUAUAGUGACAACACAGCUGUCCCGCUGACUUACUUUGAUCCCAAAGACUACAACCUCAAUGCCUCCACCCUGGACGACAAAGUUGUGUCAGUAUCCCAAGAGCCACAGCAACGAUGGCCUGUGGUGGUAGCAGAAGGCGAGGGAUCAGGCGAAAUGGUGCGUGUAGAGAUGACCAUCUGUGAAGCCUGCCAGAAGACCAAACGCAAAAGCGUCAUUGCAUCUGCUGCAGUUUAUGUCAAGGUUCGCUUUGGCCCGGAGGAAGACUCAGAGGAAGAGACAACUACAGAGAGCGAGAUUGAGCUUGCAUCUGUCACCAGGCGGACAAUCAUUGAUCCGAACAUCAGUGGAAAAAUUUAUGAUACUUCUAACGAGCAGCCUGCCAGCGUUCCCAUUGAUUACACUAAUUUUCCCACCAUUAGCAACCAGGAGCAACCUACUGAGAGUGAUGAAGAGGAUGAUUUUGUGCAUUCACCACGCAACAUGACAGAUCUUGAGAUCGGCAUGUAUGCUCUACUAGGCGUCUUCUGCUUGGCUAUAUUAGUGUUUCUUAUCAACUGCAUUGUAUUUGUGCUCAAAUACCGCCAUAAGCGCAUACCACCUGAGGGCCAGGCCAACAUGGACCACUCCCACCACUGGGUGUUCCUGGGAAACGGCCAGCCGCUGAGGGCCCAGUGCGAUCUGUCACCACAGCAGGUGGAAAGUCCCAGCAACCCUUUGGAGGGGGUACAGACUUGCUGCCACGGGGACCACCACAGUAGUGGCAGUUCCCAGACCAGUGUUCAUAGCCAGGUCCAUGGAAGGGGUGAUGGCAGCUCUGGGGGUUCAACCAAGGAUAACGGCGAGGAGGCCAGUUCACCCACCUCUAAACGCAAGAGAGUCAAGUUUACCACCUUCACCACCCUUCCCACAGAGGAGCUGCCCUACAACUCCAUCCCCAUAGCAGAUGAAGAGGACAUUCAGUGGGUUUGCCAGGAUAUGGGCUUUAAAGACCCAGAGGAACUCCAUGAUUACAUGCGCAGAAUAAAAGAAAUAGCCUAAGAUAGGAGGUGUAUUGUGAAAGCGCUGCUCUCGACUUUCUAAAAAGACGGUUCCUUUCUAUUUUUCUCUUUUUUCAAGUAAGUGAAAUAUUUUUCACAAACUUAAGGCCAACUGUUGUUCUGGUUAGGGUUUGUUCCAUGUAGUUUGCACAGUGCUGUAAUCUCAUACACCCUCACGCAGAAGAGAAUGCAAGAAGCCAAAGACUCGACCAGAGGAUCUCAGUCACAAGAGACGUCUGUAAAUCUUGGCUAUAGGAAACAUGUUUUACUCGGAAGCUGAGCCAUGGAGACAUAUGAGAGCUGCUCCAGCUCCAGUUUUUCAGGAUAUUACUUUUACAAUUUCCUGAUAUGGACAGGAGUAAAAUAAGGGUUAGUGUGUUCUAGUGGCUCAGCAGGACUCUGCAGUACUGUACCUAGUCCAAACGAAGAGGCCUUUGAUGAACAAAUAACUGUCAAAGACUCUAAUUGAACCUGUUUUAAAAAUAUUUUUGUUUUUGCCAAAGUAGAAAAAGCAUUAUUUUAUUGGCAAAACCUUUAUUGUCGGUGUAGCACAUUCAUGAUUUGUACUCAUCUUCAUUACUUACAUUUUCUACAUUUCGUAGGUAGUUGAAAGCAGUGCCCUACUACAAUUCCUGGUGUUCCUGACAAAUCUAAUGCCUUAUAAAAACGGUCACAGUUCACUUAUAUCGGUGCAGACACCCUGUUUUCUCACUGUUAAGAGGCUUGAGACAGCUUAAUAAAGCAUUAAAGUAAAACACGACAGCUGUUCUCCAGCAUGAAGAGACGAGCUUGGCAUGAAAAGGUAACCUAAGGCAAAAUCAGACAACUUUUUCCAAAUUUGUAAAUGUUUAUAAUGUACUUAAAUACUUAUUCAUACAUGUUAAUAAACUUAAUAUGUUA